UACUUAAAUGUCCCAUUUGUUGGAGCAAAUUAUUCCAUUUUUUGCUGGCGGUUGUGUGAUCGCAUGUAUUCUGCUGACAGUCAGCACAGCAGUGACUGAAAGUUGUCUGAUCUAAGAAGUUUCACAAUCAGAUCCUCAACACAUUCUGCUGAUUCUUCAACAUUGCUGCGGCCAGACUAUCAGUAUCACAGCUGUUGAUCUUAGUGACACUUGAUGGCUUCUUGGCCAAGUCAUCACAAAGCAUGGCCAGUCCAUAUAUUCAAAACAGAAUAAAUGAAGCAUUAAUUUGUCAAAAUAAUGUUUGUGUUUAUAAUUCUCCCUUUAGUAUUGUUGAGUAAGCCAUGGAGGACAUUGCCAGAGUGAGUAUGUCUCAAUCCUCCAUCAGCCGGAUGCCACAGUGUCAACACCUUCCAAUACAAAUGUUUUCACCUUUUGUAAUGUUAAGUCAUAUCAUCGUGUGACAAUUUUAAUCUUGUGUUAUCAAUAAAAAAAAAUACAGCAUUUUGUAACAGCUUCUUUUUAAUUGACAGGGACUACGAGAAAAGUCUUUAUGAUGUGAAGCUUUACAAACCUCGCAUGAAAAGUGUUAAACAUGUCCGAAUUCUGCUCCACGGACCAGUUGGCACUGGCAAAUCUACUUUCAUCAACUCUGUGAACAGUCUGUUUCAAAGGAGAAUCACCUGCGGAGCUAUGUCAGAUGGAGCAAAUUGGACCAGCUUCACCCAGAAAUACACAACUUACAAAAUCGAGAAAAGCAAGAAGGAAUCAUAUAACUUCGUUUUCAAUGACACCAAAGGCCUGGAAGAGCCAACCAACUCUGGAAUUGAUGUAGAGGACAUUAAAUGUGUCCUGAAAGGACAUGUGCGUGAUGGUUACAAGUUUGAUUCUGAAAAUCCAAUUUCAGAGGAUGAUGAUUUAUACAACGCAAAUCCGACUCUGAAUGACAAGGUUCAUGUUGUGGUUUUUGUCAUUCCUGCUGAUAAAAUAUCUCUCAUAUCUGAAACGAUGCGAACAAAGAUGAGAAACAUCAGACUAGCAGCUAGUGAGGAGGGAAUUCCCCAGCUGAUUGUUCUCACCAAAGUCGAUGAAUACUGUCCAAAGGUGAAAGAGGAUAUUACCCAUGUCUAUCGGAGCCGAUCCCUAAAGGAACAGGUUGACAAAGCCAGCCAGCUUCUCGGCCUUCCACCAAACUGCAUCUUUCUUGUGAAAAACUAUCACACAGAAAUGGCACCAAAUGACAACAUGAAUGCUCUGAUACUGUUUGCACUGAGACAGAUGAUUAAUUUAGGAGAAGAUUACCUGAACAGCCUACCUGAACCUGAGGAAGAUGAGCCAGAAGUUGAGCCAGAAGAUGAGCCAGAGAAAGAGUGAAGUCUGAAUGAUAUGUGGAUGACUCAAAAAGACCUCGAGUAUUUCUCAGUCUUCUUUUAAAUUUUAAGUAAAUCAUGAUCAAUAUGCAUUUGUAUGGCUGUUUGUAUUCGUAAACAUUUUUUGAAAUCUGUGUUUGUUUUACUGAAUAAUGUGGAAAAUAUGGAAUGACUAUUUUGGAUGACCAUGUUAUUGUUCAUUCAUUCAUUCAUUCAUCCAUCCAUCCAUCCAUCCAUCCAUCCAUCCAUCCAUCCAUCCAUCCAUUCAUUCAUUCAUUCAUUCAUUCAUUCAUUCAUUCAUUUUCUAGUCAGGUCAAAUGAGUGACACUGUUCCUAUUCAACUACUUUGAUUUUUUUCCUUUAAAGAAAAUACUUUAAAUAAAAAAACACAUGUCAAAUUGACCUGCAUACAGAUCAUUGUUUUGUCUUGUAGUUUUCAAUCAACAUUGAUAUUAUUAAAAAAGUUUUUUUUU